CAGUUAGGAUGGCAGUGCACUGGGCAUCUCCGCUCGUACUCAAGUUGUAGAUGAAAGCUGGACCCGGGUAAAAGAAGAAAGUGACACCGAUCAGCAACUUUCUUAAAAGUCAUGCGCCCGUUGAUGUGCCUGCUGUCUGCGCUGGUUGUAUGCGGGGAUGGGAAAGCGACCGGAGAGUUCACUCCGACCGGACACCCUCUGCAUAUCAAUGACGGGUACUUUGCAAACCGGGAUCGCAUGAAACAAGAGCCCUUUCAGCACCAACAACAAGUGCCCGAUGCCUUGUCAGGUCUUACCUCUAACCUAAAGGUCCAGGUCAGUGAUUUCCUGAGUCGUCAGCAACUGAGCCAGGCAGUGGUGGAGGUCUUUAUCAACUACACCAGGACCAAGACGGCUCUCACUGGGGAGGACGGCAGCGUUUUGCUUCAUGUCCCUUACCAAACUGGGACACCUAUCACAAUUGUGGCCAGCAAGGAUGGCUACAUUUCCACACUGCUGCCCUGUAAAACCAACAGAAUGCCAAUAUUUUCAUCUGUGACCAUGUCCCUACUUGGUCAGAAUCAGGGGAACAUCUGGCUCUUUGAGGAUUCAGUCCUGAUCACUGGCAAAACAUCUGAUGCUUCGUCGCAGCCCGUUGUCCAGUUUCCCAAGAGACUGCUGAAUCUGACAGACGGCAGUAAUGUCACCUCUGUCAAAGCCUACCUAACCAUUCCCAAGCUGCCAUCAGAGGAGGACAUCUUUCUGAACACUAUGGGCAUCAUGAGCAGUAAAUCAGGAUAUGUCAGUGUGGAUUUGAGUCCGGUGGCGGCUGUCAGCGUGCAGCUUUUCUCAGGAGACACAGAGUUAUAUGUGAGUGGGCCUAUACAGAUCAACCUCAGCAUUCCUGACAACUGUGGACUUCAGACUUCAAAUGUUGUUCCAGCUUGGUUCUUUAACCGGACCACUGGUGGAUGGAUGAGAAAAGGACUGGGGACGGUGGGGUCAGUGGGAGGAAAACUCAUGUGGACAUUCACAGCUCCUCACCUUGGUUACUGGAUAGCAGCACCUCUGUCAUCCACCAGAGGUUUCUUUGGACUUGCCAUCCCCAUUGACUUCAUCUUGCGGCAUGCAUCUUUCCUGAUGGUUGUCCUUGGAGGAAUGGUUGUUAUUGUCAUCUCUCUUCUGGUUGUUGUAUUGUGUUAUCACAGAAGUUCGCUCAGUGAAGCUAAAACAAAGAAGAUCCUACCAGUGAUGAGAAAAGACCAGACCACCUCCACAUGUGACGAUGGAGUCUUUGACAUCUCUUCAAGGGACUCCUCUCAUCCACAGGAUGGACUGAACCAAUCAUUGACAGAAAUGGGGGAUAAUCGGCACAAUGCCUCUGUUAUUUCUAUGCACAAUGGCAACGUAAUAGCCAACCCCAAUGCUGUGGCCAUUGCAGUGGAGUGUAACGAACUGGAGCUUAACACUGACCUGAAUGAUCUGAUGUGUGGGCAGAUCAGAGCUCCAGCCUCUCUGACAGAGAAUUUGUUUUUCUACAACCAGCCUGUUGCCAUUCUUCACGCUCCAGCAUUCUUCCACUUGGAGGAGCAGCCAGAGCAGCCCCAGUGGAGCAAGUCCGCCACUCUUCCCCGUGCAGGGGCUACAAACAGUGCUGCCAGUGAGCCACUGAACAAAGACAGCUUCACCCAGGCUCAACCAAAAGACCCUUCUGCCACCCAGAACCAGGCGGCAGAAACUGAGGACCAGCUUGGGGUUUUAGAGGGCUCACAGGCAGCAACCUCCACAAACACACCCAGAGGUCACUUCAACCUCCCAGAGUCAGUUUCAGUUCCAGGAACAUUAAAUAAAAUGGGAGGCAGCAGACACUCAGUGCAUGCCUUGGCAGAACUUUCUAAAAUCCCCUCACUUCAGCCACCUCGGGCCUGGUUUGUAUCACUGGAGGGCAAACCUGCAGCUGAGAUCCAUUACGCUGUGUCGGAGCAGCAGAGGAGACGAAGGCCAGUUGAGAGUCGAGAGACCAGCUUAGACUCAGGAGUGGAUAUGAGCGAACUGAACCCGACGUCUGGAAGGAGGGCUGUAACACUGGAGCGCAAUGCUACGUUUGUCAAAAGCACAUCGAGCAGUAAACAUGCACCUUCACAGUAAAAACUCUAAUGCCUCCAUGCCUACAGCUCUUUAAGUUUGUUAAUCAACAGCAUCAGUUCUAUCUAUGAUCUAUCUAUGAAAUAACCUUUUUACCUUAUUGCUUCAUCUUUUACAUACUAAUGUUAAAGUGCCAAUCGAAGUUGGGGGAACUGUGCUAUUAUCAGAUUCCACAGGGUCUACGUUGCAGCUGUUAUGCAUGUACAAAAGCACAAACAGUCCAAAGCAGAGCAUGUGGACUUUACAUCUAAAAUAUCAUUCCUCAUACCCAUUCUGCUGUUUACCAGCCUGUCUUAUCUCUUAUCUCCUGCCUCAACAGCCGGUUUUAACCAUAAACAUGUCAGAUUUUGCAAGUGUUUUAACGUUCAACACUGAUAAUUUAAAUAGAGAGAGAAUAAUAGUCAAACAUCUCCGUAAUGAACAGUCAUAAACUUUUAUUCUGUCCAGAUUAAUCCACAGACUAUCAUGGCUAACUCAACAGGACUGAAUGUUCGGUAUUUUAACAACAACCGUUUGUAUUUGUGCAUAUUAUAUUUGUUUUACAUGUUUCCAUGUAUAUUGUCUUGAAGUGAAUCAUUUCAUUAUAUUUUAAUAAAAAAUACCGACAUUUUUCCAAA